AUGAGGAAGAUUGUGCUUCCAAUAGCCAGCAUAUUGCUAAAGUGCUUCAGAAUGAGUGAAGGGAUUAUGUGUGAAAAGCUUAAGAAUGAUCCUAAUUUGACUGCACAUCCGGGUGGAGUGGCAGCAACAGUCGCAGUGGCCGUGAGGUUCAAUGAAAAGGGCUAUGCUCAUUUAGGUAUUGCGAUCUUUGGAGUUGAAAUUAAUGGGCCAUCGAGCGACAGUGCAACUGAGAAGCUGAGGAAAAUGGUUUUGGGAUCAAGACCUCCAGGUUGCGUGAACAAAUGCAUGAAUUGCAGGCCAUGUGAGGCCACAGUAGUAAUUCCUCCCCACCGGAAAAAGGUCUUCGAAAAAUUAUCUAACAGAGGAGAUGACACUUACUAUCUUCUCGCAUGGAAAUGCAGGUGCGGAGAUAAGCUGUAUCAACCUUGA